AUGAAUAUUUUUAUUAGAUAUCUUUUUUUAUAUUCAUUUAUAUUAGUAUAUGUAACUAGUAUACCUAAUAACAUCUCAGAAAAUGGUAAUGUUAUUGAGACGAAAGAAGAUAAAGUAAAAAAAGCUAUUGAUAGCAGUAAUUUUAAUAAACUAGAAGAAAUUUUAAAUCAUUUUAAAGAAAAUAAGAUAAAUGUCAAUGAAAGUAGUAAUUUAGAUGCAUUCAAGAAUAUAAUUAAUUCUAAUUCUACAUCUCAAGUUAAUUUACAAAAUAUAUUAAAAAUGCUAAAUUUGUCAAAUAAUACUAAUAAUUCUGAAAAUAUAAAUAAUAAUAAUAAUAAUAAUAUGAAUUUUAAUAAUACAGAUAUUAACAGAUGGAUGGAAUUAUUAAAACAAUUUAAUAAUAUGAAAAAGGAAAGUAUUCAGGAUACAAAUAAUCAAAAUCAACUGAAUGAUAAUAAUAUCAAUGAAAAUAAUAAUAAAUUAAAUGCAGAAAUGAAAAAAGAAAGUUACAUAGAAAAUUUGAAUAAUCUAUUAAAAAACAUAAAUAUAAAUAAUAAAGAAAAUAACAAUAAUCCAAACCCUUUAAAUUCUUUGAGUCAAUUAACAAAUUUAAUUGGGCAAUUACAUAACAAAAGCAAUGAUAAUAAUAAUAAUAAUAAUAAUAAUAAUAAAGUAUUUGGUGAUGUUGAAGCAUUAUUAAGUAAAUUUUUAAAUUUAGAAAAUCAAAAAAAAAACCCAUACUCAUUAGAUAAAAGUGUAAUGGAUAAUAGUUCUUCACUCAAAAAAGAAUCGAUUUUAUUAGAAUAUGAUAAUAAUGGAAAAUAUUUAAACGAUAAACAAAAUUUAAUAAAUCAAAAUAAUAACAAUUUAAAUGAAAAGAAUGAAAAAUUAAAAAAUUUUUUUUCUUCAUUAAAAGAUAAAUAUAAUCCUUACUCUUAUGAAAGAAAAAUUUUAAAUGAUUUAAUUAACGAAAAUGAUAUAAAAAGUAAAUACAAUCUAGAUGAUGAUUUCGAAAAUCAAAUUAUUGGCAACUACCAAGAAAAUGAAGAAUAUGAGGCAAUGAACGAUGAAGAUAAAGAGAAAAAAACAGGAAUGUUUGAAGAUAUAAAUGAAUUAGAUGAUAACGAUACAAUAGAAAGCGGAUCCAUUAGUAAUAAAUUAUUGAGAAAAAAUAAGAUAGAAAAUGACAAAUUAUUAAGAAAGCUCACUAGUGAUGAUAGUGAUGAUAUUCAGGAAUGUAACUGUUCUAAGAAAGUUAAAAAUUGUAUAUUAUCAUAUAUAAAUUACGAAAAUUUAGAGUAUAUGUUAGAAAGUUUAGAUAUAGAUGUAAAAACAUUAAUAAGAAAAUAUAAUGGUCAUGUAGAUAAACAAUUUAAGAAAACGGAUUCAUUUCUUAUACCAUUACCACCACUAAAUCCUAAUGCGGAUGUUCAAAACACAUCAGAUUACGUUUUAAGAGUCCCACGUGUUUUAUUUUUAACUACAAGAAAAUCUUUUUCUUCUUCCUUUGACAGAUAUUUUUAUAAUUUAUAUAAUAUAAUGGCAACUCAUUUGAAAUGGAAUGCCUAUAUGUGGGGAUAUGGUUUUAAAUAUUACCCUGUAUUUUUUCCGAAGAAUUUACAUACGUUAUUAAAUACCUAUUCUGGGCAAAUAGGUAAUGAACCAUUCGAUAUUAUAUUUAUUCAUAAUAGCUUUGUUUCGAAUUAUUAUAAUCACUUCUUUUUUUUGAAAAAUAUGCCCAAAUUAACUACUUUGAUAUAUAUAAAUGAUGGAUGGGAUGCCAAUAUGAAAAAAACCUUUUUGAAUUUAUUUCCUCAUAUAUUUUUUCAAAAUCAAGUAAAUAUUUUUGAAUUUAAUCCUUUAAAUAGUAUUGAUGUAGUUGAAGAAAAAAAAAAACUAUUCAAUAAUUUGUGGAAUAAAGUUUCUAAUAGCAAUGCUAGUAAUGUUAUUACUAAUAGACAUAAAAAAAGAAAUGAGAUAAAAAAUAAACCAAUAUCUGAGAAAGAAAAAAUGUUAGAAAAUGAAGAUGAUAGCAAAACAUUAUGGGCAUUUUUGCCUCAUGGAGUAAAUCAUUGUUGUUCUAAAUAUUUUAAUUUAUGUUUUGAAUCAAAAGAGAAUAAUGACAUGAAUUUUUAUUAUAAUCGUGGAAAAAAAAUUGAAAACAAACACAUCCCAAAUUAUGAACUUAGCUAUUCUCUACUCGAUUUGUUUUUACAAGAAUGUAAUUUUAAAGAAACAUCAAUCUUUAAUAACUCUACCAGAGAUAUUGACAUUUUAUUUUUAUAUAACACUACAUCCAAUAAUUAUAAAGAUUAUCUUAUUCAGAAAAUAAUGGAUUACAUAUAUAAUAAAAAUAUUAAUGACUUAAAAAAUAAAAUUUAUAAAUAUGAAGUUGAUUUGUAUUACUGGAAAGUAUGGGGAUUACAAACUACUCAUAAACUCAUAAAAAAUAAAAUUAAGGAAUAUACACUUAUUUUACAAAGAAGCAAAGUGUGUGUAAUUAGUUCAAAAUUUGCUGGUAUGCUAAAUAAGAUGGUUAUUGAUGCUUUGUUUAAUGGUUGUGUGGUUAUCACAGAUAAGAGUCAUAACAAAGAUAUAAAUAAAUAUUUAAUUUCUACUCAUAUACCUUUUGAAUAUUAUGAAAUAUCUGACUUAAUUUAUAAUAAAGAAAAUAUGAAUUCAUUAGCGAAUGAUCUUAUUGAUAAAAUUAACACAACACUUCAAGAAGUAAAUAGUGGAAAAAGAGACAAAAUGAGAAUAGAAGCUUUCAAAACUGUUUUAAAUACAUAUACUUACACUGGUGUAAUAUUAAAUUGGAUAAUUCCCUCUUUAUAUUUUCAUUAUAAUAAAGAAAAAUAUGAAAUUACUAAUAAUUAUUUUGUUUUACCACAAUAUUUUGAAAGCAUUAUUUCAAAAAGUUUAAAAACAACUAGUGCUAAAAGAGAAAAAAUUAUUGCAAAUAUUGAUUUGUCUUUGCAAGAAGAUCUAAUUAUGAAUAAUAAUGAAGUAGCAGUUUGGUGCAUAAUAUGGAUAUUAAUUUUUUCAAUAAUAUUAUUUUAUAUUUUAAAAAAUAGUAAUAUUAUUAGCUUUUUUUUAAAAAAGAAAAGAAACUUAUAA